ACAAUGCUAAACAAACGUCAGGCAUGCUUGUCAUCUGUCCACCGGAUGCGUGCGCAAUUCUCUUGAUUUUGUGGAGUGUGGUGUGAUCAUUGGUGUAAAUGCAAAGAGAUUCUUCAUUUGGACCCAAAUUGUGUGUUACGUGGUUGUUUUUAUUUCUCAUAGUCUCCAGCCAUCGUGCAAUAAUACAUUAACUUUAGUGUAGUGUUUACUUACAUUCGUGGUGAACGCGAAAGUGACCGGAUCAAUCGGUAUAAUUUACUGUAUUAUCGCCCAGUACUAUGCGAUGAGCACGAUGGGUGACUGUUGAUGUAGAUUAAAGAAAACCAGACACGCGUUUCGUGAGCAGCUAUCCGUGAAUGCAGCGCCUUAAACCAGGUAUCUUGAGAAGACCGCGCCGCCUAGCCGCCUUUUAAAUUGGCGGCGCGGCUGCGCAUGUUAGCGUGAGGUGUCACACCCUGGAGCCGCACAAGAACUAUCUGUUGCGGUGGGCGCCGUGUCACAAUGGACGACGGAGGCAGCAACAAGCAGCGGCAAGCCACGCGCGUCUUCAAGAAGAGCUCGCCCAAUGGAAAGAUCACAGUGUAUUUAGGGAAAAGAGACUUCGUAGACCAUAUCACACACGUAGACCCGAUUGAUGGGGUAGUGCUAAUUGAUCCGGAAUACGUGAAGGACAGAAAGGUUUUCGGUCAUGUCCUUGCGGCGUUCAGAUAUGGACGGGAAGACUUGGACGUGCUGGGCCUCACCUUCCGCAAGGACCUCUACCUCGCCGCAGAACAGAUAUACCCAGCGACGGGCACUCCAAAGCGACCGCUCACCCGGUUACAAGAGCGACUCGUGCGCAAGCUGGGCCCGGCAGCUCACCCCUUCUACUUCGAACUACCGCCACACUGCCCGGCCUCCGUCACCUUACAGCCAGCCCCUGGGGACACGGGCAAGCCUUGCGGAGUCGACUACGAGCUGAAGGCCUUCGUCGCUGACUCACAAGAUGAUAAGCCACACAAGAGAAAUUCGGUGAGACUAGCGAUCAGAAAGAUAAUGUACGCGCCGAGCAAGCAAGGUGAGCAGCCCUCUGUCGAAGUGUCCAAGGAGUUUAUGAUGAGCCCCAACAAAUUGUAUCUGGAAGCCUCAUUGGAUAAGGAAUUAUACCACCACGGCGAAAACAUAGCGGUAAACGUGCAUAUAGCGAACAACUCCAACCGCUCCGUCAAACGCAUCAAAGUGUCGGUGCGUCAGUUCGCAGACAUCUGUCUCUUUUCCACCGCCCAGUACAAAUGCACCGUCGCCGAGGCCGAGAGCGAGGACCUGGCCAAGUGGAAAACGUUUAGAUUCCCCCUUAUCGGAUUGUUCAGUAAGAAUAUUAAAAAGUCUGUGGAGGGUUGCCCGGUGGGGCCGGGCUUCACGCUGAGCAAGGUGUUCACGCUGACGCCGCUGCUGGCCAACAACAAGGACAAGUGGGGGCUGGCGCUCGACGGGCAGCUCAAGCACGAGGACACCAACCUCGCCUCUAGCACACUAAUUGCAGAUCCAUCUCAGCGCGAGAAUUUAGGCAUUAUAGUACAGUACAAGGUGAAAGUGAAGUUAUGUCUUGGACCUUUGGGCGGUGAGCUGAGCGCUGAACUGCCGUUUAUCCUGAUGCACCCCAAACCAGAGGAAGAGGCACCGCGGCCCCUGCCCGAGCCCGCUCCGGCUGACCACGACCUCAUUCAGCUUGAUCCACAUCCAGACGAGAACGGUCAAGAGCAGGACGACGAUAUUAUAUUCGAGGAUUUCGCGCGGCUUCGGCUCAAGGGCGCCGACGCGGACGCUUGAACGAACCGCUUGAUAGCUCGAUCAUACGCAAUAUUGCGUCCCGGCUACACUACACCGUUACACUCUGAUGUGCGAACACUUGAUUAUGGGGCGGAGAGUCAAACACGGCGUUCAUUCAUAAACUCUCGGCUGACAUCGAUUAUGAGACUAGUUUUGGUUGAAAACUACACAAUCUGUAAGAGAGAUCCGAAACCAAGAGCGAAAAAAACAACCAAGAUCGAUUCUGAGAUUUGUCUUUGGCCCGAGAUGCAAUCGGACCUUAACGAAAUGUCUGGAAAGAUUCUGCCAACGUCCAAAGAUAAGAACUUUUUUUAUGACUUUUUAAAUGUUGGAAACGCUAUGUACAUACGUCAUACAUCCAGGCUUUUCGAAGCCAUGAGACGUUGUUAUUGUCUACUUUAGUCCAAUAUCUUGGCUGAAAAAAGACCCUUAAUAUUAGUAAAUGUCAUAUUUAUUAACUAUUGUGGAGUUAUGGGUUUAAGCGUGCUUUUCAAGCAUUGUUUUGAGGUCAAUUGACUUGAUGGCUGCUCCUUGUAAAUUUGAUGUUGAACAAAUCUUUCUUUACGUCUACAAAAAUAAAAAUAAGUAGGUUUUAGAGUGUCUGUUCCAUUUCUAUUGACAUUAAAUUUGUACAGAGUAGUUAGCGUGAAAAUAAACAUUUUAAAUGCACGUCAUAUUUCGUAUGAAAACGAAUGAUAUGUAUGAAUAGCCACGCACAAUGUUACAUGAAGCGUAGUAUGCGAACGAAUGUAGAAAAUUAAUGAGAUGAUUGUAAAGAUGUGUGUCACGAAUCCCUGUACAGUGUAUAUGUUGAGGAUUUACCCACACAGACUAAAUAUUAUCAGUUAAAUGUGUAUCAAAUAUGAAUCUGUGUUUAGGGAAUAGAGUUUAAAUUCGAUUGUGACAAUUUUGAUCGCAAGAUUUGGGGUCAACGGGAGCUUCGUGAGGUUUAGUGAGGUUCAUCAUACAUGGAUACAAAAUGGUUUGAACUGGGUUCCAUUAUCCGAUACCAUAUUGUAGAGUACUCCCCUCCCACACAUGAAUCCAAAAGUCAUGGAUCAAUGUUUCAACUGCAAAGUUGUGCUUUGCGCACAUUGUAGCUAAUGCAAUCCGAAACACGAAUAAACGCUACAAAACUGAAAGUACCUAAAAAUAGCGCGAAACAUAUUAUGAUAAAAAAAAAUAUAAUACUUGGUGUAUAUUAUAUGUGAAAAUUUUAUUUUUGAAUAGAGUUAUUAAUUAAUCGUGUACAAGUUUAGGUUUUAUUCGUUAACGUUUUUUGGUGAUCAUUAUCCAUCGAUACUUUUCUUUAUUAGUGAAUUUAUAGUACAAUAUGUUUGUUAAUGUGCAUUUAUAGAAUAUUAAACGUAUUUUGUACCUUAAUGUUAUUUACUUUCUCGGGUAGUGGGUGUAUUUAUGUAUUAAUAAUGUUGGCAAGAUUCAUAUUACGGGCUGUAAAUUAAAAUAUAUAAAAUAACCUACCUAUUCUACCUAUAUUUCGAUUUAAAUUUUAAUGAAAAAUUUAAUUUGGAUAGCACAAACAUUACAGUAUAUGGAAUGUUUUUAUGUGUGAAUAUGCAUAUUAUGUGCUUUUAAGAUAUUUUGUUAUUAAUGCUAAAUAAUAUGUUAUUAUUACAAAGGGAAAUAUUGAAGAAUAUAAUAGCUUUAUUUUACUUAUGUAAAAAAUAGAGUCAAUUAUUUAAAACUACAAUUAAACUUUUUAGUAUAAACUUUGAUAACUAAAGAUUUUAAUCUUGAUUAAAUUUUGCAAUACUUGCUUGAAUGCCCAUUGAGAUAAUUUAAUAAAUCAAUGCACACAGUGCUCUUUUUUUUGUUUUUAAUUAGUUAUCAUCUGCUUUUAUUUUCUUGCUACAAUGAAGUGGCUUAAAACCCGUACAAACCGUCUUAGGCUCGGUUCAUACAGAUGUAGCGCGUGACGGGACGUGGCGCGGAUUCAUGUCUCCUCUGUAGACUUAAAUGGCGUUUGUAGGCACGUACUAAAGCCAUAAUUAUUUCGUGUAAUCCGAGCGGUUGAAGCAAAAUUAAUAAAGAAAUGUUUGGCAAAAGGUUUAUAUCGAUAAAAGAUGGCGGCCUCAAAACAGCUGUUCCAUUUGGUGGUUCAUUCAUGGCUGAUGUUUUUUUUUUUUAGAAAAAAAAGGUCUAUUUAUAGUGACCUGGUUAUACCACUAGUUAGAAAAGCAAAUUCUACUGAAGCUGCCAGAGCACAGUAAUGGGUUGAGAUCUAUAGAGUGUACUUUGACUUUGCUUAGACUUAAGUUUCAGUUAAAACAAGACGAAUUUAUGCCACCGAUAUGAUGCUGUCUCGUUUUAACUUUAGUCUGAGCAAAGCCAAAGUGUGCUUUAUAGAUCUCAAACUUAGAAACAGUAGUCUGCGCCAAGUCUCAGUCACCCGCCACUUCUGUAUAAAACAUGCUUUAGACAAAUAUUAUAUUUUUAAUCUGUGACUAUGUACAUUUGUUCUUUGUACAGUAAAUAGUUGUAAAUUACGUGGCAUGUUUACUUGUAGUCUAAGCUUGCAAUGCACAAGAUAUUUUACUAUUAAUGUUAUAAGAAACGAGUAUUUUAAUAUUACCUAUUAUGUUAUUUCUUUAUAUACAGUUUUAAUUCACCUUCAACCGCCUAUUGAAUGUGGCACUAAUUCAUUUGUAGAUAAAACUGCAGAAUUGAAGUAUCGCCAUCCUUUUCAUAACGUACUUCAUGGAAAAGGACGACAUUCUUUCGAAUUUAUAUGUAUAAUUUAUAAUUUUGUAUACAACAUAGUUUGUGCCAGUAACGAAUAAUAAAUGUUUUCAAUCUUUUGCUUAAACAUAUAACUUUUAAAAACAUAACCAAAAAAUCAUUGUAAAUGCAACACCCAUUUUGAAUAAACAAACGACCGUGGUUCGUCUUAUUGCAGCUAUGUAUUUGAUUUUAAUAAGACAACCAUGAGACAAAAUAUUUUUUUACAGUUUACCACUUGUAAAUAUAAUAUUAUAAAUAAAAUACAUGCAUGUGUGAAUUUAAUGAGUACUUGUGUGUGCAUGGAUUGGAAUGAGACAUAAAUGAGAGAUAUGACAUCACUCAGCUAUAACUUGUGAUAAUAAAUAAAUAAAUCGAAACGGGUAUUGUCAAUCUUUCCUUCUCACUGACGCUGUAUGCACAGAUAUAUGGUGUAAAGUGAGAGGGUGUAAUUAACAGCAGCAUACUCGAUUCGUUUCUUCAUUGGCACGAGUUAUAUCUCUUUCCUUUCCAAGCAUUCCCUGAAGCUGAUCGCAAACUAGAAGUGUACCGCAUGAUUUUCAGUAGAAGGUUUUCAGUACUGAAAAUGGUGAUGACGUCAUCAGUAGAGUUUGUUAAGGUUUUACGUGUCGCCAAUUUGGUUGAAUUUGACAGUCGAAACAUUUUAUAGUGAAAGCAAAAUGGACCUAAACUAUCUUAUUUUAAAACUCAAGUUCGUCCAUAUUACAUAUACAGCGAGCGUUCCAAGCGAAAAUUUGCGAAAUAAAAAUCGGUUGCACGGAAUGCAUGACUGUAAAUCAAGGAGCAUUAGGUUUAUUUUACUCUGACUAUUUUAUUCUGUUUCGACGUUCUGUCUACGUUGCGACGUUGGUAAGAUGUAUAAUAUCGCACUGACCCUACAGUACUGUCUAGGAACUUAUCUACCAAGGAAGGUACUACUUUCCUUUCAAGCUGCACUAGCCAAAGCUUUGAAUCGCUUGUUGCAGCUGUGAUCUGCGACCAGCUUCAUACUCCAUCCUUUACAUCAUUUCAUCUGCCUUUGUGAUAUCUGUCUUAAACUAAACGAUCAAAAUAUUUUAUAAAUAUCCAACGGAGAAUAAGUUACGAUUUAUAUAAUUGAGUUAUUAUUAAUGUAUAAUUAUUAUUUAAAUAUUUUAAUUUUUAGAAUGUACCUAUGUAAUGUAUACUAUUUUAGUGGUUAUGUAAUUUAAAAUAGAACAAAGAAAUGAACUUGCACCUCAAAUAGCCAAUGUACAACACACGCUUUGUAAACCGUUAAACAUUACAAAAUUGAAUAGCUAGCCGCUCGUAUAUUUGGUUAUUUUGACUGCACCGAUAUAACUAACGUAUGGCAGUGUCCUAAUGUGCGCUCAGUUUUAGACCAGAGCCAUCUAGCGGAAAAACGCACGGAAUUCCAAUCCUAUGUACAUUGAAUUGGAAUUCCGUUCAGUGGAAUUCAAGGUUCUAAUAUUAUUAUUAGAACCCUGAAAUGGGCUGUAUUAGGGCGGACAAGGCGCCGGCCGCGUGCGGCUUUCAUUGAUGCGUUGAAUUAGUGUUGUCAGGCCCUUAAAUACAAAAUGACCUCUGGUAAUUAUGUGCAGAAUUAAUUAAAUGCAACUUUCACUAUACCAAAGUUACAGAGCGGAAUUUCUGCUCAGAUCGGUCUCGUAGCUACGCGUAGUGCUAUUCAGCUCGUAAAAUUCCACGCGCGCCGUAUUACUGCUCGAUUUGUUUAGUUGUAUUUCGUCUUGGAGGCGAAGAAAUUGCCAAUGUUGUCGUACAAAAAUAUUUAGCGUAUUUUUUUAAUUAGUUUUAUAUACCAAUUCACAAAUUAAGCCCAAAGUUGUAUCUAACGCUAAAAAAGUGCAAAAAUAAACGAGUACACAGAAUGGUCAUGUCCAUAGAAUGUAAGCAAGGCGUUCAAAUGUGAGCAUAAAAAUACGCAAAGUUACACACAUUUUUUUAAUUUUACAUCGAAAUCUUUUUUGAUGUAUACUUUUUAAAUAAAUAUGUAAUCUAUAAA